CUCCCUAUGGUAUGAGGAUUUCACGCCUCUACAAGUUAUACAUCUUCGAACUCGCUUCCGACACACUUCUACAGCGUCAAUGUAGUGCUUCGGCGACGGAUUACGAAUUCUUCAGCACACUUAGCGACACAUCAUCUCCAAGGUAUGCCAAUCACGGUCCUAUCAACUUUGAGCAUUCAGUUAGGUCUAAUUUCGAGUACCCACCCUUCUAUUUGACCAAUGAUCUGCUUGCGAUUUUACUUGAACAGACGCUAAGCGUCAUCGAAUGUACGGUCCCUGGGAUUAUUGGACUUGUGAUUCGGCUUCUCAAAAUAAGCUAUGAUUUGUCCAAUAAGACAGUCAUACUGCUGGACACUGCUUCACCUUCUUGUCGUUGCCUCUUCGGAAACGGAUGUAGCUUCGAGUAUGAAAAAUAUGUCCCCGAAGGAAUGCUGUUCAUUGAAGUCAAUACCUCAUUUUGCAUAUCCAUGUACAUGCGGUUAUUGACAGAUCGAUCGUCACUCUUCCCACACCUCGUCAACCCACCCACAAUGUUCGAAAGUCUAAAGACUACGGUUGAACGACUGGCUACACCAGUUUUCGCAAGGCUUCUUGGGUUCAUUCCCCUUGGACGAGAGUAUACAGACUCCGAUGAUACGUAUCGCAAAGACGAAUAUUGCAAGGAUGAGUGUUGCAAGACUGGCGACUCAGAGAGCGAGCCUUCCGAAGCUCAGGUCUUUGUAAGGGAAGAAGUAUUCAAUAGCGAAAACGGAUCCCAAGGUGACGAGAAUCACGAUAGUGACACGCCCAGUGAGAGCAGAAAUGACUCCAACCGUAUGGCGUGGGCCAAUACAACCAGGGUACUCAUUCCUCAUACCAAGAAGGAUAGUGACUUUGUGCUUGACGGCCUAUCCGGCAAUAUUUUCGAGGACAUCACUGAACGUGAUGUGUAUGUGUCGACUGGAAAGCUUAAGAUCCCCGAUAUUGAAUCCAGAAUGCGGCAUAUUUCAUCAAAUGCAAGACAUUCGACGGUUCGUGAGCUAGAGCACACCUUGGUUCAAGCUGGAUUCCUUGUGCCCUAUAGGGAGGGGCCGAGUGUUUGGCCGCCGAGCAUAUAUUCACCAGAUGAUGAGUGUGCAGGGGCGGUCAAUGAUUCUGUUCUCCAGGAUUUCCUGAAGUGGUGAAAAUCAGACCACUACGAUGUUUACAUAUUGAUGUGUUGAAAUUGAAGAGGUGUUUUUG